AUAAUACAACAACGUCCACGAAUUUAGUAAGCAAAAGAACACGGCACGAGAAGCCGUAAAUGACGAGAUUACCCUUUAUCACCGCCGUCGUCGUCGUCGUCUUCCUACUCUCUGGUGCUACUCUGACGGUAGCGGAGAUUAAGUCUUUCACUAUCUCCGAUGACUCACGGCCGGUCAUUUUCUUCGAGAAAUUCGGGUUUACCCAGACCGGUCAUGUAACCGUAUCGGUUAGCUCUGUUUCAGUAUCUUCUCCGAGUACAACCGAGUCAUCGAAAUUAGGGUUCUUCGUCCUAACGGAAGAAUCGCUUCUCCAGGUACUCCUCGAGAUGGAGCGAAACCCUAGAUUCUGCAUCCUCGAUUCCAACUACAUCCUCCAUCUCUUCACCUUCCGCAACCGGUCUCAGUUCGAUCAUUCCUAUUCGAUAACGUCCUCGGGCGAGUACUCUAUCUUCUUCGCAAGUUGCGUACCGGACACUACAGUUUCGAUGAAGAUCAAAAUGGAGAUGUACAAUCUUGAUCCGAACGGGUCAAAGAUUUACUUACCACCCGGUUUGACUCAGUUACCCGGUUUGUAUCUCUUCUUCUCCCUUUGCUACUUGACUUUCUUUGGUCUCUGGCUCUGUUUCUGGUACAACAAUACUCAAAGUAUCCACCUUUUUAUGGCUGCUCUGCUUCUAGUGAAAUCUUUGACUCUGCUCUGUACUGCUGUGUAUAAACACUACGUGAACGUCACAGGCACAGCUCAUGGCUGGAACAUUACUUUUUAUGUUUUCCAAUUCGUCAGUGUCGUUUUGCUCUUCACGGUGAUUGUUCUAAUCGGAAGCGGUUGGUCUUUCUUGCAACCGAAGCUACAAGGAAAAGAGAAGAAGCUGUUGAUGAUCGUUGUUCCGCUUCAGGUUUUAGCCAGCAUUGCUUCGAUUGUGAUUGGAGAAACUGGACCUUUCAUCGAGAAUUGGGUGACUUGGAACCAAUUCUUCUUGCUUGCUGAUACAACUAGCUGUUUGGCGAUUGUAUUCGCAAUGGUUAGGUCGAUGUGUUGUCUAAGAGAGACAUCGAAGAAACCCGAAGGGAAAGCGGUUAAGAGAUUCUACGUUUUGGUAAUUGUGUAUUUGUUCUUCACGAGAAUUGUGGUGCUUGCUUUAAAGAUUACAGUAGACUAUAAGUACGAGUGGGUGAGCAAUGCAGCUGAGGAAAUUGCAAGUCUUGCGUUUUGUAGUUUGAUGUUUUAUAUGUUUAGGCCAAUGGAGAUGAAUGAGUGUCUUGAUAGUGAUGGUGAAGAAGAAACUGCCGAGCUUUCCCUCAAGGAACAAGAGUUUGGGCUCUGAUGAAACAAUCUGUUUCUUGCUAUAUAAAUGUGUGUUUUAAGUUGUAAACGUGUAAUAAGGAGUGUAGUAUUCAGCUUAAGGCCUUAAUUAAGCCUUUUUGUUAGUAAAGAAAUCCAGUAGAUCAUGUGGAAGUGUGGAACUUAAUCUGUGAUAUUCGUAAUUUUCUGUUGAAUAUAUACAUGAAACUUUGGAUUGACAA